AUGUCUAGGACUCUGCCACUCAGAGUUCAAAGAUGGCAUUUGGGCGGGACCCUCAGCCUGCUACAUCGGUCUUCGACAUCGCAGGCUGGUCACAAUUGGACGCUCCACAGGUCCGGUUCAGAUGCCGCCAGAGACGAGGUGGCCCAGCUGGCUUCAAGCCCUCGACGGCGGUUGACGCUGACUGAUCUACUGCGGCAGGGACGCCCGCCGCUAUCCAAGGAAGCACUCCUGGCCUCGGCCAAUUUCACCCUCUCCCUCCUCCCCGCUCGACUGGCGUCGCGUAUUCAAGCGCUGCGCAACCUACCUUUCAUCGUCGUAUCCAAUCCUCACGUCUCGAAAAUUUACCACAACUAUCUCCAUUCACUAUCCGCCCUCCUACCCUACCAGCAACGCCAAAUUACGACACUCGAAGAAGAGAACCAGUUUGGCGAUGUGCUCGCCGACCUCGUACAAACGCACACGAACACAAUCCCGGUAUUGGCACGGGGGUUUCUCGAGUGUCGGAAGUACGUGAGCCCGGAGGACGUGACACGUUUCUUAGACACUCAUUUGCGAGCGCGUAUCGGGACUCGGUUAAUCGCCGAGCAGCACUUGGCCCUGCAUUUUGCCUCGCAGCCCCUCAGUGAUGGGGAUGCAGAGCCUAAAUCACCACCGCCUAAAAGUCCGAUACCAUCUAACUACAUCGGAGUGAUCGACACGGCCCUACAGCCGGCUCGCAUAAUCCGACUUUGCGAAGAUUUUGUCGGGGAGAUUUGUGAACUGAAGUAUGGCGUGCGACCGCGUCUCGAGAUCGGAGGGGAGCCUGAGGCUGCUUUCGCUCAUAUUCCCGUUCACGUGGAGUAUAUUGUCACAGAACUGCUGAAGAACGCAUUCCGGGCGACCAUCGAGUCCGGUAAUGAACGUGAGCCGAUUGAAGUCACAAUCGCGGCGGCUCCUGACGUCCCUGGGAGGGAACCCCCAUAUCAAGAAGAGAGCGACGCCAGUUUUCAAUACGACACAAACGUAGAUACGACUUCUACCAACGAGGCGAUCGGCAACUCGAACCCUUCGUCGCAAAGUAUCACGAUCCGAAUUCGUGACCGGGGAGGCGGCAUUCCCCCCGAGGUGCUGCCUCAUAUCUGGUCUUACAGCUUCACUACUUUCUCAGAUAUGGAUUUUCACAAUUCGGAAAAUGGUAACUUGGAUGCCCUCAACACCAUCUCUGGUAGUGGUGGCCAUUUGAGUACUAUUGCUGGUCUUGGGUACGGCUUGCCCCUCAGUCGUGCUUAUGCAGAGUAUUUCGGUGGGAGCAUCGCCGUACAAAGUCUUUGGGGAUGGGGUACCGAUGUAUAUUUGACUCUGCAAGGAGUUGGGAAAAUCGACUGA